CCCCAAAAUCUCUGCCUUCAAGGUGGGCACUGCUUGGAUUUGGGUCACAGCGUCAUCUGCAAAUGCCAACCUGGUUUUUCGGGGGCGAGAUGCGAAAACAACGUGGACGAUUGCAGCCCCAACCCCUGUGCCAACGGUGGGACCUGCGUGGAUGGCACCAACAGCUACAGCUGCUCCUGUACCCUGGGUUACGCCGGUGACGACUGUCGUCAGCGUGCUGAUGCUUGUGCCUCUGGACCCUGUUUGCACGGUGCUACUUGCUACACACAUUUCUCAGGUCACGUCUGUGCCUGUCCCCCCGGUUACAUGGGACCCCGUUGUGAGGAGGAGGUUGGGGGGGGUCCGCUUGCCCCCUACCACCAGCCCCCAGCUCCCUUAGCCCUCGCCUGUGCCCUCCCCAUAGCUCUGCUGGGCCCUGGGCUGGGUUUGGUGCUGGCAGCUCGUGGGUGGAGACGGAGGCCAGGGGGUGAGAGCGGCCGCACGUUGGAGCCGAUGAGGACCCCCAGCCUGAGCCUUCCUGGGAUGGAGCAGCAGCUGCCCCGUGCCUCUGCCACCCAGGUGGGGUCUGAGCCAAAGAGGGAUCGUCCUCCGAGCUCAGCACCCCACUCACUUUUCCUCUUCUUCAUUCCCCUUUUCCAGGUCUGAGGUGACGAACAUCCACCCCAGCCCCACGUCUUUUUGGGGUCGUUUCCUCCAUCGAGCUCCUCGUGAGGUCCCUGCCAGCUGCUGUGCUGCUGCGUUUCUGCCACCCCAGGGGGGGGAUGGAGGGAGGAUGAGCAGCGGCUGG